AUGGCCGCCCAAAGUUUUCUUGUACAAAAUCUUGUCCUACAACAGCGUAGCCACCCCCACUUAUUCCACCACCACCACCACCACCGCCGCCACCCUCCUCCUCCUCAAUUCCGGCCGUCUCAAACCGUUAACUUAAAAAACAUCCCAACAAAAACUUUCAAAAAUCUCAUCGUCGAAUCCUUUUCGCUAAACAACAACAAUGUCAAUCGAAGAAGCAACAACGGCGAUUCCAAUCAAGAUAUUAACUACAAGAUUAAAUUUCCAAAUUUGGAAACUAAACAAAACCCUAAACGGGCGGUCGAAGCGGUGUCCGAAACCCUAAUAAACGCCGUCAAAGCACUGCGAAAACCGGCCGCAGCAGCAGCUGCUGUGAUUCUACUAGGGUUACUGCUGUCCGUAAACCCUAAUAAUAAUCACGCACUCGCAGCCAGUGGAAAUUCUUCGUCACGCUAUUCAUCGUCAACCUCCUUAGCGGCACCACCACCAUCGUCACCUCCAAGUACAUACGAUGUUAUGAAGUUUAUUGUUGUUAGUCUUAUGUUUUUAGUCUUGGUCGGUGCUGCGUAUGUUUGGGUCGAAGUUUGGUGUUACAUUAAUAAGGAGAGUGUAACCGUGGUUAAACUGCAGGUUGGGUUAUUAGGGUUAGGGAGAUCGCUCCAGAAGGAUAUUAACCGGAUUGCCGAACCUGUAGAUGUAUCCACCUCCGAGGGCUUACACUACAUAUUGACCGAAUUGGUUGUGGCAUUGCUUCGAUAUCCUGAGAAUUGCGCCUCCGCCUUUUUAACAAUUGAUCAGGAGUGGGACAGCGAAAGUGCGCAACAAAAAAUUUAUCAACAUUCUAUGGAAGAACGCGUUAAGUUUGACGAGGAGAAACUUGUCAACGUCAACAACAUAAAAAGGCAAAGCCCGAUAACAACCACGACAUCAAGUGGAUUUAGCAACGAUUACAUAGUGUUAACAAUCUUGGUGAAGGCUCAAGGAGUACUACAGUUGCCGCGUAUAAAAAAUAGUAACAAUUUGAAAGAAGUUCUACGGAAGCUGGCGUACCUCCCAAUUUCUAAAAUUUUGGAAGUUAAGAUUAUAUGGAACCCGCAGAUUGAAGACGACACUCUAUCAGAAGAGGAACUUAUUAGAAAUUACCCAUUAUUGCGGCCUCUUCAAUAA